UAUCUACUGAAACGUAGAGCCUAUUAAGAGCAGUGAGUUUGAUACCAUUUCGAAGUGACUGUUUAAUCCAACGCAAAGCAGAUUGGAAGCAAAAGCUUUACUGACUGUCAGUGAAAGAAAUAAUAAUAUUGACAAAUUGUAACCGAUUGGAUCUCUAAAACAUUUCCGGCGAUGGAAAAGUGGGAUAUUCCGCAGUUCAAAUUUAAGUCCCUCUCAAGAAAUAUCGUGCGUGAUGAGUGGAUAAAGUAUAAAAGGAACUUCGGCUACAUAGUAUCCGCCACCAAUGAGACGAACAAGACACGCAUACGAAACAUUCUACUAGCGAAGGGCGGACCAGACCUCCAGGAGGUAUUCGCAUCAAUACCGGGUGCCGAUGUAGAAGAAGAUGCAGAGAAAUCGAUUGAUCCGUACGCUGUUGCAUUAGAGAAAUUAGAUUCGUACUUUUCACCGAAGCAACACGAUACGUUCGAACGGAACCGGUUUUGGCUAUUGAAACCGAACCCUGAAGAAUCUCUUGAGAAGUUUAUGCUCCGCUGUCAUGACCAGGCGAACAAAUGCGAUUUUGGGAAAUCAACUGAGGAAAGCAGAUCAAUUAGCGUGAUCGACAAAGUGAUCCUUUUUGCGCCCACUCAGCUGAAGGAGCAGCUACUGCAACGUGAUUCGUUGAGUAUUGAUGAUGUCACGAAGAUUGUAACAACCUACGAAUCGGUGAAACAGCAGGCCGAAUCGAUGAGCAUUCAUGCCGCUACUUCUGCAAAUCCUUCGACUACCUAUGAACCAUUCGAAGGUACGACUCGUGGCGGGAAACGAUUCCAACCCGAGCGGGUUCGUGAAAUUGAAGUUUACAAACGUGACGAAGAUAAAUGUAAUGAGAGCACAAGUCAAAACUUCAUAUUCCAAAUCAGUGAUGGAGACGAGUUACUAUGGCUAGAUGUCGGAGGCGUUCUGCUGCAAGUUCUAGUUGAUUCAGGAUGCAAAAAGAAUAUAGUCGAUGAGAAGUCUUGGGAAUAUCUGAAAGCCAAUUCAGCCAAGGUCUGGAACCAACAAAAGGAAUGUGAUGAGGUUUUCUUGCCGUACGGUGAUCAGGCAAAACCAUUAACUGUACUGGGUAAAUUUGAAACCCUGGUGAAAAUUGUAGACGCAGGGCAGGUUUAUGAGAAGGAAACAACGUUCUACGUUGUUAAAGGUGUGAACAACAAUGUUUACUAG